AUGAGCUCAAUUGUUCAGGGUUUUACAAAGUCACUUGCCAUGACCGUUCUCUCCGAGAUCGGUGACAAGACUUUCUUUGCAGCUGCGAUACUGGCUAUGCGACAUCCACGACGCCUUGUUUUAACAGGUUGCCUUGCGGCUUUGAUAGUGAUGACAAUUCUCUCUGUACUUGUUGGUUGGGCUGCUCCAAAUCUGAUCUCUCGUAAUUGGACUCAUCAUAUUACAACAUUCUUGUUCUUGGGAUUUGGACUUUGGUCCUUGAAAGAGGCUAUAUUUGAAGGAGGGGAAUCAGAGGAAUUGGCUGAAGUCGAAGCUCAAUUGGACAAAGAUUGGAAAGCUAAAAAUGGAGCUACAAAAGAUAGCAGAAAGGAUGAUGAUGCCACAAAAAAGCAUACACGGUCAUUUUUAUCACAGUUUUUCUCUCCCAUCUUGUUACAGGCAUUUUCUAUCACUUUUUUUGGUGAAUGGGGUGACAAGAGCCAGUUGGCUACCAUAGGUUUAGCUGCAGACGAAAACCCAUUUGGUGUGGUUCUUGGAGGGAUUCUGGGGCAAGCACUGUGUACUACUGCUGCUGUUAUUGGAGGGAAGAGUUUAGCUUCUCAGAUAUCUGAAAAAGUGGUUGGACUCUCGGGUGGAAUUCUUUUCAUUGUUUUUGGCAUCCAAUCAUUCCUUUCUCCGGUCGAAUGA